AUGUCUCACAAUCACACCGAGUAUGACGAAUCGGCUUCGUCCUCUACUCAAAUGGUUGACAAAAGCUCAGCAUCAUCAUCACCUCGACAACCCGUGAAAACAGUCACCGUUUCCUCCACCACACGAGGACUCAUGAAAAGAACGCACACCAAAGUACAAUCCACAAGUUCCAUGCCCAUUCAAACACCUCAAGACUCUACCAAAUCACCUUCUCAUCAUGUAUUAUCCUCUUCAAUGCAUACGCUUGCUCAUCAUCAUUCUCUUUCCUCCCCAUCAAGUCCUUCCUCGUCCUUGCCCAAUAGCAAUCAUUUGUUGCUUUCAUCAUCUCCUUCCAAUGGACAAACCAUGAUGAUGAAACGACCUCAUAAUGUUCUCGUGACCCGACGAAAUACGUCCAAUCCCAACAACCACACUCACUCGGAACACACACCACCCACCACUCCAACAACAACAUCACCUUCGUUGGUGUUUGGAGCAUCGGGUUCAUCUUUACAAAAACACUCUCCUACCUCAUUGUCUUCAUCGGUUCAAUUCACGAAAAAGCAUUCAUCGUCCUCUUCAUCAUCAUCAACUUCUCCCUUCCAUGUAUCCUCUCCAUUGUUUUCCUCCUCAUCGUUGAAUGAUUCCAUGAUGAUGAUGCAUUCAUCAUCUCAUCAGCAUCAACAACGUUCAAAACCACUCUUCAGCUCUUAUCAUGACCAUUCAGAUGACGAUCAAAACCCACACGCUUCUUCCGAUGAGGAGAAGAGUGAUGAUGUGUCUUCAACCUCGCACUUUAGGAAAGACAAGAAAAAUUCUUAUCGUUCAGCCUCAACCCCUCACGACGGAGAGUUGUACGAAGGAGAUGUUUUAUUUAGGAAGAGCAGCGACGAUGAAGAAUACUCAUCCAGUGAGGAUCAUCAUCAUCAUGAGGAGUAUUUCAAUAAUAACAAUCCAAAAUCAUCAUCCUCCCAACAUCCACUCAAGAAUAAGGCUUCAUUUGAGCUAUUAAGGAGAACAGCAACGGUUACUCCUGAGAUCAUGGGAGGAAAUGCACCUCAUCAUCACGCCCAUGAUUCCAUCUCAAGAUAUUCAUCAACCCGUCCGUAUGCCUCUUCAAAAUUUGGAGCAGCAGUGCCGAGAGGCACAGCCUCAAGCUUGGCAGCAUCAUCAAUCAUGCCCUAUUCAUCCGUUGGGUCCAUACUCGAGGAUAGAGAUGAAGGGUUUGAAAGUGAUCCCGAAUCCAUCUCAGAUGAAGAUGACAUCUUUCUAGAGUCUAGCAUGCUCAACGACAAGCAAAAUUCACCCAUGUUGGUAUCCUCUCCUCGAGCUGGAGUGGAACUUGCAACAACGACAUCACUGUCCUCAAGUCCAACUCAAAAACAAUGGUCGACUCAGGUACCACCUCUAAAGCAUCCCAACGUCAAUAACGGCAGUGCAGAGCUGCUCACUUCACGAAAUCACACAAAAGGCAUGUAUUAUAGAAUGCUCACUGGAGCAGCUACAACACGAGAGAAAAACAGAAAAUUGGUGUCGAAUAAGAAUAUAUUUGGAUUACCCAUGACAUUUUCAAAACAACCAUCUGUCAAAAGUACUGUCGAGUAUAAGAGUGAAGAAUAUUUGAAAGAAAUGCUCGGGAAAAAGAAGGGUGCAACCACGCCAUCCUCCUCAUCAAAACAAGGAGCAAAAACACCUACUACAGCAGAAGAAUCGUCCUCAACUGACACGCUUGAGGACAUGCAAGACAAAUUGGUAAUGUUCCACAAAAUUCAAUACUCUGAAGGAGCACUUUCCACCACUCCUGGAAGAUCUUUCUUGGACGUUCCCAAAAAACCAGUCAGCACUGAUGCAAAAAAGGAAGACCCCAAGAAAAAGACCCUACAUCAAACAGAUUCGUCACCAGCAACACCUAGUCCAAGACAAAUCAACUUUAAUACCAAUGUUAAAAAAUAUUUCUAUAAGGUGAAUGCGGGAACUUGUGCUACUACUCCAUCUUCCGUUUCUUUAAACACAGAUAAUAUUGACAAGAAGCAGUUUGAAGUUGUGUAUUGGACAACCUAUAAGGAUUUAGCAGAAGAAGAAAAUAUCAUUGAUAGUUUCUUUGUUUCAAAUUUCAGCGCCAUGGAUUUAUUGUACAAACUCUUUUACAAUAAUUCAGCAGAUCCUAAACGAAAAAAAAAGCUGAAGGUGUUGUACAAUGCGCAGGUCAUUUCAGAACAACUUGACCAGUUGAAAGAUAUUUAUAAGCAAGUGACCAAGUUGCGAAUGUGUACACUUGUGAAACAAAGCGACAACAAAUUACGAACAAAUCAGUUAGCUCAUCAAGAAAAGCUUAAUGUUGUAGUUUCAGAAGAUGAUUCUUCUGAUGAGGACGAUGGAAUUGAAUUAGUCCUUAAUGAAAAGGGAGAAAUUGAUAUUUUCAGCAUGAAAAAUAUAAUUAAUAAUUUAGAUCUAGAAGUCAUUCAUGAAAUAAGCCACAUACCGAAAGACAAACAGAGAAAUAUCACGGUAAAUGCCGAGGUUGGUGUGGCUACAGAUACAUUCAAGUCAGAUUUUAUUACUUUAAAGGAUUUGGAAAGUGAGGAUCGUUUUGAUAUUUCUGCUAAAAUUAGCCAAGAUGCCAAAAUCGAGUUCUAUACCAUCCGUAACUGGCUGACCAAAAUUUUAGCAGCAGCAGUGAACAGAAAAAAGAAGAUAGUGAAAGACAACAUAUCUGUGGAGACAAUUAACACUACAGAUCUCAACAAGACGCCGCGUAUCGAUUCCACAGUGGCCUCUCCUGUGACAGCCACGCUCUUAAACAUGGCUGUUGAAAAGAACGAAGUUACAACAACUCUGACUGAUGAUAGCCAGAAUCUCAGCUCUGAUUAUGAUACAGACCCAGAUAGUUUGCAUAGAUGGCAGAGGAAGAGUGUUAUUCGAAAGGGACCUCUUGAAAAUGAUACUCCUAAAUUAGAAAUGUUGCCCACAGAAUUACUGGAUUAUAUGAUGUCUCUAUCUUGUUCAGCUUCGACUCUUUUUGAUACCCUAGAGGAAUGGGAAGUGCGUAUCCAUGCCUUAUUUGCCUUCUUAGAAACCCUCACUCUCCAAACACCCCAUCAACUUAACUGUAUAUUAAUAUUUUUAGGUGAUCUUAUCCUUUAUAAUCAAAGUUUGAUGAGUUCAGAAUUUAUACAUGAAUGUCUGAUUCCUUACUUAAACACAAUUUUGAAAAAGCCAGAAAGUAUUCCUUUUGUUGACCUGUUUUUGAAAAGAAUUACAGAGAGGUCACAACUGUUAUUUAUAAGAGACCAAGCUCAAAGAACCAUUAAUCUGGCUUUUGAUAAUUUCUCAUCCAAGUCAACACUGCCAGACUUUCUUACUAUUUCCAGUUUCCAACUAUCCAUACAACUCACACUUAUUGAAUUUGACUUGUUCACAAUGAUGGAACCUUACGAAUUCUACUGCAGCUACUGGUUGUCAAAGAACAGAUUUAAGGUAAAAACAAGAGAUCCAAGUCCUAAUCUGUCACUUUUCAUUCAAUGGUAUAAUACUGUGUCACUCUGGGUUACGGAAACAAUUCUUCAAUAUAAUGACAUCAAAGAGCGACACAAAGCACUGUGCAGGUUUAUCAGUUUAGCCUGGGGGUGUUUUUCAGUACGAAAUUAUAAUGGCUGUUUUGAAAUUAUUACUGGUCUAUAUUCAAACGAAGUUUAUCGGUUGAGUAAGACUUGGGCUAUGCUUAGCGAUGAAUAUUUGAAGAAGGCACAGACUCUCAUUGAUUUAACAAGCGUGGCAAAUAACUAUAGAAACUAUAGAGAAGAACUUAAAAAUUCCAAGAAACCUUGUAUUCCAAACUUGGCAGUUCAUCUCAAAGAUCUUGCUUCUGUCGAUGACAGCCAAGAAGAUGAAAGGAAAUUGUCAGAGGAAGAAAUGCGUCUCUUGGCUGAAAAUGAUCAAUUCUGUAAACAAGUGUUCAUUGGAAGAACGUUGGAUGAAGACAUUGAAUACAACUUUAGUAAGAGACGACUCCAAACAACCUUAAUAUGCCAAUUGCUGAAGUAUCAGAAAACUUCAUAUCCUUUCAAACCUAACGAAUCACUUAAACAUUACUUGUGGAUUUCUUUACUCAGAAUCAAUGAAGAUAUUCGCAGAGAAACAACAGAAAAGAAAAUUAGUAUUGAAAAAUACAUCCAAGAAAAGAAGAGGCAAUUCUUAGUGAGGAGCAAACAACUCGAACCAAAAUCGACAAGAUAA